CUCUGCUCUCAAGCCAUUCUUGGACCACAUCCAAACUGAGAUCCUGAAUGUAUGUGAAGAAGAUGGAUCACUGGUCAUAGAGAUGAAGAGGAUGAUGAGGGAGGACCUUGACUCAAGAUAUUCGGAGGACGUUGAGAGAAUGAUUGACCUUGCUUGUUUCCUAGACCCUCGGUUCAAAGGACAGUUCUCUGAAGAUCUUGAGAACACAAUCUCCGUCUGUGUAGAGGAGGCCCUAAAACUGGUGUGGGCCACACCAGUUAGAGUCCGACAAGAACACCUGGAGGAGCCCAGUCAGACUCAGCCCACUGCCAGUGCCAGAACUGCAGAGUCCCACAAGACACCUAGCCUAACUGGCUUGCUGAAGAAGAUCAUGGCAACCAAGAGGCAGCGAGCUGAAGAAGAAGGGGCCAGUAGCACUCCUGAAGAGAAGGUGAGGGCGGAGGUGAAGGUCUACAUGUGUCUUCCAUCCAUUAAGGAGGAGGAGGAUCCGUUGCUGUGGUGGAGGCAACAUGCAGAGGAAAUGCCUCAUCUCUCCAAGGUCACACGCCGGCUUUUCUGCAUACCUGCCACUAGUGUUCCUUCGGAACGUGUCUUCAGUGCCAGUGGACACAUUGUUACGCCUCAAAGAACCAAACUUAAGCCAGAAAAAGUGAACAUGCUGACAUUUUUGCACUUCAAUCUGUGAAGAGCUAUGGU